CGGAGAGGUGAGCGCUGCUGGGAAUGCUGGGACAUUAUACAAUAACGCCAAGGGAGGCGUCUGGUAAUGACUGUAUUCUUGUGUUGUCAGGUGCCUAUAAGAUGUCAGGAUGUCGCUGUCUAUUUCGCCAUGGAGGAGUGGGAAUAUUUAGCAAAACACAAGGAUCUGUACAAGGACGUCAUGAUGGAGAAUCAGCAGUCUCUUACAUCACCAGGUGAAGACAGGAUAAGAUAUUCCAAUAAGCAUCUCCAUUUCUCUUCCUACCAUCAAGCAGAAGAUAACAAUACCACACAAGCUAAUUCAAUAACUCCUAAUGUACCCUCAGUUCUUCACAGAGGAGAUCUAUCCACCGAUACUUCUGGACACAAGAAACCUUCAACACUGAUUGGCAGAACAAGAACUAAACAGAAACAUUUUAAAAGGAAUUCUAAUCUUUUCUUGCUUGAGAGAAAUCAUGGAGUGAAAAAGUCAUUUUCAUGCUCAGAAUGUGGAAAAUCUUUUAGCAAGAAAUUAUUUCUGGAUCAACAUCAGAGAACUCACACAGGAGAGAAGCCAUUUUUAUGUUCAAAAUGUGGGAAAUGUUUUAGUCGGAAAUUACUACUUGUGUACCAUCUAAGAAGCCACUUAGGGGAAAAACCAUUUUCAUGUCCUGAAUGUGGGAGGUGUUUUAGUCAGAAAUCAAAUCUUCAUAGACAUCAGCGAGCUCACACAGGGGAGAAGCCAUAUUCAUGUUCAGAAUGUGGGAAAUGUUUUAGUCGGAAAUCACAACUUAAGAUCCAUCUAAAAAGCCACUUAGGGGAAAAGCCAUUUUCAUGUCCUGAAUGUGGGAAGUGUUUUAGUCAGAAUUCGUAUCUUCUUAGACAUCAGAAAGCUCACAGAGGGGAGCUGCCGUUUUCAUGUCCUGAAUGUGGAAAAUCUUUUUGUCAGAAAUCGGAUCUUCAUAGACAUCUGCGAGCUCACACAGGGGAGAAGCCAUUUUCAUGUACUGAAUGUGGUAAAUGUUUUAGUCUGAAAUCAUCUUUUGUUAGACAUCAAAGAGUUCACACCGAAGAGAAGCCAUUUUGAUGUCCUAAAUGUGGUAAGCGUUUUAUUCAGAAAUCAGAUCUUCAUAUACAUCAGAAAGAUCACACAGGGGAGAAGCCAUAUUCUGAAAUCGUGUUUUGUUAAACAUCAGAGAACUCACACAGGGGAGUAGCCAUUUUCAUGUUUAAAAUGUGAAAAAUCUUUUAGUCAGAAAUCACGUCUUGUUAGACACCACAAAGUUCACUCCGAGGAGAAGCCAUUUUCAUGUUCAGAAAGUGGAAAAUCUUUUAGUCAUAUUUCAAGUCUUGCUAAACAUCAGAAAACUCACACGGAAAAGAGAAGCCAAUAUAAGUCAGAAAUACAAGACAUAAUGUAACUUACACAUUCUUACUACAGAUGGCAGGAUCUCAGUCUGUGAAUCAGUUAUAGAUACAAGCCAGGUCUUGUUUUAAAGCUGACAAUCAGGAGAAGAGAAAUCCAGCACUGCAUGGGGAUCCUGGUAAAAUCUCUUUUAUUUCAUGUGAUAAAACAUCCAACAGACCAGUAUAGAAGUCGCAAAUAUGUUUCAGACCCAUCGGUCUUUACUCAUAGGAUAGUUUUCUACUUGCUUCAAGGAAAGCGGCAGUUGGGGAGUUUGACUGGGGCAGCACACCUGUCAACCCAUUACACAGAUGUCCUCAGGUGAGCUGAGGGAGGAUGGAAACCUCCCAUUGAUAACUAUGCUAUGAGUAAAGACUGUUGGGUCCUAAACUUGUAAACAACUGCACCAGUAUGUUGGAAGUGCUACUUUAUAGAAUAGAGAGAUUUUAUCUGGAUCACUGUGCAGUGCUGGAUUUCUCUUCACGUUUGAUAAUUUGCUCCAAAACCUUCCAUGCAUUUAGAGAGUAUCCAUGAGAAAAGGGGUGAGCUGAACUGUGUUAUUUAUUUGAAGCUGACAAUCUAGGCUUCAAAACAAGAUCAUGGUCCAAGGCCUUUAGAAACAGGUGCCAGUGAAAGCUGCAUAAACCUGCAGCUCUUACUCACGAGACAAUUUCUAAGGGCUAUAUCUCCUCAUGUGAAGCAGGUAAUGAUCCUGUAGCGGCACCAAAAUGCUUGAUGACCUCUCACCUUGAUAAGUGCACAGGACCUAAACUAAAGGGGAAACAGAAGUCAGACAGGACAGGUUGGAACCAGAGAAUGAACCAACAUGAGAAACAAACUCUUGAGUAUAAUACCAAACAGUUCAAUACCAGGAAGUUACAUCAGGAGUCAAAUUGUCGAAUUCAGGAAUGGGUCAGCAAUCAGAAAUGCCGAGGUACAAACAGUGGCGCAAAAAAGACCAAUCACAGGCAACUGUGGCCAGUAGUUGCCUGUUUAAAUAUUCUGCCAACAAUAAGCACAUCAUGCCAACACCAAGCCCAAUUGGCCCAGCUUCCCAUAGCCACCAUAGCGAUGCAGAGAUUGCCAUGGUAGCGCGGGCAGAUAAGUACAUGGCAUACCUAUACUUAUUUGGGAAAACCAUAAUCAUACUGACCUGCAGAAUGAAGGUAACAUAUUUUUAUAAAACGUAAUGAAAUAAACCCAUAAGUUGUAUGUGCCCAAGACUGCCCAAAAAGUUGGAAGGCAACAGUGGAAAAAAUGAUUCAUCCUAAAUGCCUAAAAUAUGCCACCAGUAAUGGGGUUUGAGGAUACAGAGAAUCGAAAGGAUAGGUGUAAGUAAAAAAAGAAAGAAAGUAGUUUUCAUAAUAUAUAAAGCACAAAUAAAGCAUGACAGCGAAGACAAAAGAGAACAUGUAUUAAAGCUUGUAGGGAAAUAAAAUUGAGUUGUUGCCCAAGACAAACAAUCAAAUCCCUUCUUUAAUUUUCCAAAAGCUGCCUUAAAAAGUAUAGUUGGAAUGGGAUUGGUUGCCAUUAGCACUGGUUUUGAUAAUUUCUCCUAUUUACGUCAUGCUUCCUAACUUGAUAUUGUCUCAAUAAAGCUCGAUUAUUAUAAAUAAAAUUUGUUUUGGGAAAGUAGGAAAAUGUUG